AGAUAUCUCCGUGUACCUUGCCAUCUGUUGGGGAGAAAAACGCAUGCUCUUUUUUUUUUUAUUCAGAGGGGGUAUGUCUAUACAGAUUCAAUCAAAAUAAUCGUUUUAUCGAUGGAUAUUUUAAAGGAAAGUAGGAAAAUGAGUCAUGGUGCUCAGCACAUGUCAUACACAAAUGGUUGAUUGAACGCUGAGUCAAGAUAAAUUUGUUGACCCACUAAUUACGCAAGUCCCACACGUGAAGGUUGAGUGGCUCCGCUCUCUCUCUCCCUUCGACGACGACAUAUUUAUCAGGCGCGCUGUGCAAAUAUGACUGUCGUGUACGGACCCACUUCCGACCAUGAGUGUUUGACCCAAGAUCGUAUCUAUAAAAACAGCUUCUAGUUCUGGCUACUUGUCAAAGAGGCACAGCCGAAAAACCAGCACGCCUCUUUACAACACCCCCUACGAAGAAAGAUGCCGACUAAAAAAGGAUUCAAUGUUUCUGUCCCAGUGGAUGAGAAUCAAACUGCGUCCCCAGCAGACUAUGGCAGUGGUCAGACCGGCGAGUCCCAGGUCGACCUCACGACGGCUGAGGGCAAGGAACACCAGGAUGAGGAACCGUUUGACCCCUGGGCUCUGCCCGAACUCAAGGACUCUGGCCCCCCCUGGUCAGAAUUAUCAGGGGCCCAGAAAAUACAGCGAGUACUGAUCAGCCUGUUGAAGGCGAUAGGGCUGGUCGCCCUCCUGCUAUUGUUCAUUUGUUCUUUGGACCUCCUAGGAUCGUCUUUCCAACUCAUUGGGGGUCGCGCUGCCGGUACUGUGUUUUCCGAGGACAGUAUCCUUGGUAACGACGUGGCUGGCCUGAUGAUUGGUGUCUUAGGCACCGUACUGGUCCAAAGUUCCUCAACGUCUACCUCAAUUAUUGUCACAAUGGUGGCGUCGAAUAUCAUCAGCGUUCCUACCGCUAUCCCAAUGAUAAUGGGCGCCAAUAUCGGCACGUCCGUCACCAACACCAUAGUCGCCAUGGGGCAGUCGGCAGACAGGAACGAAUUUCGGCGCGCGUUUGCGGGUGCCACUGUCCACGACAUGUUCAACUGGCUGUGCGUCCUCGUGCUUCUCCCGGUGGAAGCUGUUUCCGGUUACAUGUACCGUCUAACCGACCUCCUUAUCAACAGUAUGCCUCUGGUUACAACAGGUGCCAAGAUUGAUUUCUUCAAGCUGGUCACAUCACCUUUCACAGGGCUCCUCAUAAAACUUGACAAGAACGUGAUUAUUGCUAUUGCUGCCGGAGACACUGAAAAAGCGUCAGAACCUCUACAGUUGGAAUGGUGUAAAACUAAGACCGUCCUUUACAACGAAACGACGCACAUGAAUUUUACUAUUCCAUUGGCACAAUCAGAUAAUGCCACGUGGCUUAACUACGUGAAAGGGUUAAUUGGAAAUAACACAUUCUACAAUGAAUCCUCCCCUGCUGGAGUGUCGUAUAAGUGGAACCAAACGACAUUGGAAGAAAAAUCAGUCGGGGUCAGCAGGUGCACGUAUCUCUUCUCCUACUUUAAUUUGGACGAGACUGUUGCAGGUAUUGUAUUGUUAAUCAUUGCCAUCCUCAUUCUGUGCGUGUGUCUGGCCUUGAUAGUGAAACUUCUACAUUCUGUCCUGAAGGGAAGCAUAGCUAGAAUCAUAAAGAAAGUCCUGAACGCCGACUUUCCGGGAAAAUUGGCAUUUUUAACCGGGUACGUCGCACUCUUGGUCGGAGCGGGAAUGACAAUUGCGGUGCAAAGCAGUUCCAUCUUUACGUCGGCCAUGACACCCCUCGUUGGAAUAGGCGUCAUCAGCAUAGAACGUAUGUACCCUCUCACGCUUGGCGCCAACAUCGGCACCACGUGUACGGGCCUCAUCGCCGCUCUGGCCUCCAGCGGGUCCAAGUUUGAAAGCGGGCUACAAAUCGCCUUCGUUCACCUCUUCUUCAACAUCAGCGGCAUUCUCAUUUUUUAUCCCAUUCCAUUUAUGAGGGUGCCGAUAAAGAUGGCCAAAACCCUGGGGAACACCACAGCUAAGUACCGCUGGUUUGCCUUGUUUUACUUAAUAACUAUGUACUUUAUCCUGCCGCUUGCGGUGUUUGGACUCUCACUGGCUGGUCUGUGGGUCAUGGUGGGAGUGGGGGGAACUUUCCUGCUGCUGUUCCUACUUAUCAUUCUCAUAAAUGUGUGUCAACGAAAAUGUUCCCGGUGUUUGCCGAGAAAGCUGAGAACUUGGGACUGGCUGCCUUUGUGGCUGCACUCUCUGCAGCCUUAUGACAGGGCGAUUAGCAAGCUGCUUUGUUGUAAGCGUUGUAAAUCAAAAGAGCCCAAACCUACAGAGAAACAAAAUGGUCACGCGAACAAGGCCUUUGAAGAAGAACACAAAGUUUAAAUUGAUAUUUACUCACUAGAAAUAACCAUUCUCCCGCAGGCUUUGUGUAAAAAAAUUCCUCCACUGUGGCUU